GGGAAAGCUUUUCCUCCUGCUUUUUUUUUGUUUCCGACUUCGGACCUGCAAGAGGAAAAUCUCGCACAGUGGUCGUGAGGCGGACUAAAAUAGGAAGCAAAGUUCGAACAUUAAAAAUGCUCCAUGUUGCUCGUCGCGCUACUAAAAUGCCAGCGGGCGUGCUUUCGCACUGGAUUUAACAGAGGAACUUCGGUGGCGUAGUCUAACCCUCCCUCGCUCCCAGCAUGCUGAGUUUCCUGCGCAGGACCCUGGGGCGACGCUCCAUCCGCAAGCAUGCAGAAAAAACGCGGCUACGGGAGGCCCAGCGCGCUACAACACACAUCCCGGCUGCUGGGGAUGCCAAGUCCGUCAUUACUUGCCGUGUGUCCUUGUUGGACGGGACCGAUGUCAGCGUCGACCUGCCGAAAAAAGCCAAAGGUGAGGAGCUGUUUGACCAGAUUAUGUACCAUCUGGACAUAGUAGAAAAAGACUACUUUGGACUGCGCUUCAUGGACUCUGCACAAGUUCCGCACUGGCUUGAUGUUACAAAAAGUAUCAAAAAACAAGUGAAAAUUGGCCCACCAUACUGCCUCCACAUGAGAGUUAAGUUCUACUCCUCUGAGCCAAACAACCUGCACGAGGAGCUUACCAGAUACCUUUUUGUAUUGCAGUUGAAACAAGACAUCCUCAGUGGAAAGCUUGAAUGCCCAUUUGAAACAACGGUGGAGUUGGCUGCCUUCUCGCUACAGGCGGAACUAGGGGAUUGUGACCCACUAGAACACAGUCUAGACUUGGUAUCAGAAUUUCGAUUUAUCCCCGAACAGUCAGAGGAUGUGGAGCUGUCUAUAUACAACGCAUGGAAGGAGUGCAGAGGUCAAACACCUGCACAGGCUGAGAUCAACUACUUGAAUAAAGCAAAAUGGCUGGAAAUGUAUGGCGUGGACAUGCAUAUGGUUCAGGCACGAGAUGGUAAUGAGUACAGUCUGGGUUUGACACCCACUGGUGUGUUGGUGUUUGAGGGACAAACCAAGAUUGGCCUCUUUUUCUGGCCGAAAAUCACUCGCCUGGAUUUCAAAAAGAGCAAGCUGACUCUGGUGGUUGUGGAGGAUGAUGACCAGGGCAAAGAGCAGGAGCACACCUUUGUCUUCAGAAUGGACCACCCGAAGGCCUGUAAGCACCUCUGGAAGUGUGCUGUGGAACAUCACGCCUUCUUCCGGCUGAGAGGGCCAGUACAAAAGAACUCUGCACGCUCCGGCUUCAUCCGCAUGGGAUCACGCUUCAGAUACAGUGGAAACACAGAGUACCAGACAACAAAGUCCAAUAAAGCCCGGCGGUCAGCCUCCUUUGAGAGGAGGCCUAGUCGACGUUAUUCUCGAAGAACAAUGCAUAACAGAGGACCUUUCCAUCCUCAAGAGGUUCUUUCGUCGGGCAAUGGAGUCAACUCCAGCAAAGACAAGCAUGCUUCAUCCAGUCGAGGCGCGUGGUCGGGUGUGCCGGUUGUGAACGUUGCGCCUGCUGCUGUUUGUGGCCCGUUGGAAAUAGAGCCUCUGCCCAGGAGUCCUGGAGGGGAAAAGAGAAGUUUGCCCUUGGCAGCUGACCUGAUCGAGACGUGCAUUGAUGACGUCCUCAGGGCUCCUUCUGCUUCCGCCACUCCUACCACGAAGGCUGUCGAUGAGGCGGGACCGAGUACGAGCUACUCCCCUCUCGGUGCCACUGGCGAAGAGUUACCCAGCCUAACUGAAACGGCAGCUCGUCUCAAGCAACUGGAGUUGGGUAGCAGUCCACAUCUGGCCAAGAAUAAAGUCAACAUCAAUAUGGUCAUGAAUAAUCAAGAGGACAUUGUGAAGCUCAGAGAGAAAUGUUGUCUGAACAGUGCAGGAAGUAGUCCGGUAGUCACGUCACUGCGAGCCCCAGACGACCUCAAGAGUAACAUCCUGAAAGCACAAGCUGAGGCCGCCGUUCUUAAGGUUGGUUUGGAGGAACAUGUCCCAAUGAUGGGAGAUAAGAACUGUAAUUUGCAGGAAAACUCCUCCAGGUUGAAGUUGCGCACCGGCCGUAUGGGCAGUAACUCAUCUCUGUCUGGCAGCACUCGCCCUGACAUUCAAGACUCUUGGGAUCUGCUCAAGUCUUCUUCGCUGGUCUCAUCAACAGGCACCAGUGCUGAGAAGUUAGCUGAAGAUUCGAACCCUCCUCUACCCAAGUUGCCAUCAGACUCUGUUGUUGAAGGCAUCAUACUAAAGAUUAAAGGAGAUGAAGUUGACGUUCCAAACACAAACCCAUCACUGACUGAUAAUUUGAUUGACUUCACUGAUCCAGUACCAGUUUUGCCACCUGUGCAGGCGCCUAAAGCUCCCAUCACCCCUCGCUGGAUCAUUCCUACCGCUGCUCCUCCUGGUAUCUUUACUAACGGCCUGCUCGACCUCGAGCGCCCCGCUAAGGUCGCCGCUCUCCCCCCAGCGGAUGGGGGAGCCACUCUCACCUCAGGCCUCCCUCACCCCGCUCACACAUUUCAUACCAACUCAGUGAGCAUUAUGGGUCAGCAGGCAGCCUCAGAGGAUGGAGCCACACCCAGCGGUCUCCUGACCACUGAGCUCUAAUACCCGCAAACGAGCCGAGUCAGCAGCACAGCCAGCCAUUGUAAAGUAACAACACACACACACACUAACAAACUACCUGGACUGGAACUAGGACCAAGAACGUAUUCAUCGUAAUCACAUAUCAGGUUUAGUUUAAAAAACUUCUCCAGUCCAUCAUGCAUAUAGCGACUGCUUCCAUCCAUUUUGACCCUGACAAGCAUAAAUUGUCUGACUUAAACGUGACCUUUUUUGUGCGCCACCUUGAUUGUCAUGUAAUGCAUUCCACUGGACGCAAACCUCACUGACGCGCUGCACUGUAAAUGGAUGAAAGAUGAUGAACGUGUUGAUUUGAAGAGAGAUUAACAACUCUACUCUUUUGAUAUGUUAAAAUAUGAUUCUGUACAUUCCUUGAGCAGCCUUUUUAUUUUGUUUAUUUUUUUUUUUUUAAGCUCUUUUUAGCCACUGGAUAGAACAUUUUUCUUUCUUAGUCUCCUAAGAGUCACUGGAUUACUUUUGCAGCACUGGACCAAUUGCCACUGUCAUGGAUGAAGAUCACUGUUACAGAUUGUUUUUUAUAUAUUUUUUCCCUGUGCAUGUUUUUUUUUUUUUUUUUUUUUUUUUAAUUUUAUUUAGUUUUAUUAUUAUUUUUUUAAAAAUAAAUAUAUCACACUCUGUUUGUGCAUCGUGGUACCAACAUUGUUCUCUCUUCUGACCCUGUAUGAUGAACCCAACCAACCCGAUAAUGUGAUUUUUAUGUUUUGACUGAAUGUGAUCCUGUCCAUGAUUUCCACUUGGAGCUACGUUUUGGAACAUUGGCUUGUUUUUUUGUUGUUGUUGUGGUUGAAUUUUAUAAAAUGUUAUUGUUAUUAUUUUUAAAUGAGGAAUGUAAUUCAUCAGUUGUGUUGAGCUGUAAAAUGUGAACGGUGCUCACAGGAGGCAUGCUGGAGUUUCACACAGUAAAUUGAACCUGUGCUAGCUAUACAUGAGAAUUUAGUCGAUAAAAGUACAUAACGAGCUAUUUUAGGGUCACAACGUGAUACUGUUCCACUCUUCACUAAAAAGACUAUUUGGACUUUGACUAUAAUUUAUCAUUAUUCAAAAGACAGCUCCAAAUAUGUUGCUUUUCCACUAAUUCCCAUGCAUAUUUUGUGUAAAAUCCCACUAAAUUCUCGACUAUGACUGGCUUGUUGAACUUGUCUAGCUACUUUCUUGCCCUCUUGCGGAAACUCCAUCUAUCUGUGUUGAGAAUGUGUGCGCAACCCCUCAAUUGCUGAUUGUUUUACUUCCCAAAUACCUUAAAUGUAAUUUUGUACUUGUGAAAUGAAGAUCGAAUUCUAUAUUUUUGGACUAUAUUAAUGAUUUGAGUCUUACUGUAUAUCGCAUUUAUUCUUAAUAGUGAUAUAUAUAUAUUUUUUAACUACCCCUUCCUUUAUCGUGAUGGUGUCGUUUGUAAGGGAAGCUGACUGUUGUCCCAAUCAGUGCAGUUAUUUAUCUGACCGUUCAGUCUUCACCUAUUACAUGUUCAAGUGUGUGAGUAGCUCAAAAUUGUGACGACCGUCGAUACAGUACGAUAUACAUUUUAUAUUGUUUGCGUGCUCACAGAGGACAAUAACAGCAUUGAAGUCAUUAAAAAGAUGUAGAAAACCAAGUGGAUAACGAUGGCUGCUGUGAUGCUAUUUUUAUCAACUUGAUCACGAUUCAGUAAAGCUUUUAUAUAGCGCAGUCAUCACUUGUUUUGUUUUUUUACAAUUUGGGGAAUUUCUUAUUAUUUUUUUAACGUUUACAUUCAUUUAAUUUUGAGCCGCAAAGCUAUGUGGUUAUACACAGCGUGUAAUUUUCGUUGCUUUAUGUAUAGCUUGAUGGUAAAUUUCAACUUGGAGUGGCAUUAAACAGCUUGAAGCUUGUUUUUUGUAGAAUCUGCUGCUUAAGUGAGUUGGGUUGCGUUCACUGCCACCAUACAGCGCUCAUAUCUCAAGUUUUGCUCACAAGUCAGAGCAAAAAAAUCGGCUGACUGAAGGCUCGUAUCUUGAAAAAACUUGUAGCUCAGGACACUCAUAUCGCAAGGCACCACUGUACAGCAAAAAGUAAAAAAUAAGAGUUAAAAAAUUGGCGCAAAAGCAUUGAAUGGAGUUCAACAACAACAUGGGCAACUGAACUGCAGUGUUACUCGCAACUCCUCCAUUUUGCCACACUUCACCCUGAAAUCGUAGCCCCUCCCCCUGAGCAUCACGUGGUACAAAUAUUAUUCUAUUGGUUAACAUAGGUCAUUUUUAGCAGAUUUAAAGUUCAAUAAAUACAUUAAAGAAAAACAAUUCAUUACAGGUACUGUAUCAAUCCAAAGCAACACUAGAUGUCAGCAAAGUCCUGUUUUUUUUCUUCCUCUGGCGUCUAUCUGCUUUCAAUCCAAUCCAUCCAUUGUCCACUUUAUUUGAAACCAUGAUACAUAUUUGAUGAUGUGCAAAUUUCAGACCAGUGUCCUUCUACUAUGAUCCAUAUCGUCUGGUCUUCAAACAGUAUCAUGACCUUUGCACCUGCAAGCUGUACUGUCACUGCAUGGUGAACAGAAUUAGUGACGUUAGCCGGAGCAUAUCAAAGUGUCACAUCUCGCAAAAUCUUAAACUCGAACGGCUGUCUAACAUAUCCAGCCUUGGAGAUUAGUGUCUCCGGAACAUUUUUUGCAGAUAGCGUUUUGAGCCGAGUGCCGUCACGCAAAAAAGUUGGAUUAGAGAGAUUGGAGUACACUUGCUUUAGAUAGUGCUUCACUUGGCUGGGUGAAGAAAGUGAAAAGAGAGGCUGUGUGAUUUGUGAACUGCUGUCACGUCGCCUUACAUUCGGAGGGAAGUGAUUGCAACUUGACUGAUUGCUCCAUGCAAGUUGGGGGCCGUUAUUAAAAGCGGCGCCACAGUGGCUCAAUAAGUCAGACAGGAGUGCACCCCUCAGCAGAUGGCUGAAACAAACACACACACACACCAUCUUAAAUGAAUAAUGGAUUGCCGUACAUGGACCUUGUGCCAGGUCGCGAUUGUUUAAGCAUGCUCAAAGCUUCUGUGGAUUUUUUUUAUUUCGCGAUCAUAGUCAGGAUAUUUAAUUCGCUUCACUGCGGCACUGUUCAUUGUUGCUCGAAGCAGAUUCAAAUCAACAGCAAUGAGUGUCAGAGCUUGAGCGUUUUUUUCAGAUAUGACGCAAAGUAAAUGUAUGAACUGAAUCACUGGUAUUUGGCAGUAGUCUUAAGAUUGCAUUCAAUUUUGUCAUCUAUAGCAGUGGUCCCCAACCCCCGGUCCGCUGACCGGUACCGGUCCGUGAGGCAUUUGUUACCGGGCCGCAUAGAAAGAAUGACCACUUUAUAUAAUUUCUGUUGUAUUGCGUUUUCGCAUGUCAAAUGUGUUUUAUUUUGAAAAAUGACUGGAUAGUCCCCGCCGCAACAGCUGUGCGUCGCAAUUGACACGGCAAGACUGCGCAGAACGCUGCAGGCAGUUCCGUUUUCGGUCCCAGCUGGCUUGCUCACGGCGGCCGCCAAGCUCAAAGAACAAAUCAUUUCAUAAAUUGGUUCAGUUUAUUACGUUCUCUCAAAAGAUUCGUUCUUAUGAGCCAAACGAAGCAACACUAGACUGCUUAUGUCGGUCACGUGAUACGUUAUUAAAAAUACAGUAAGUUCGCAAACUAGCAAAAAUGUGUAAAAAAAAAAAAAAAAAAAAAAGAAAUGACCAAAAGGAAAAUGACCACCAUAGUAGCCAAAAGAAGAGCCUACGACCUCAAAGAAAAAGCAAGCUUCUUUUAUCCGUUAUGCGUUAUGGCGAGUUGGAUUUUUUGUGCAUUUAACAUUUGUUUUUAAACUGGUCAUGUGAAUUUAUUGUUGAUAUAUAAAUAUAUAUAUAUAAAUAUGUAUAUAAAUAUGCCACACCUUGACAGCCGGUCCGUGGAGGGGAGCCUACUUUAACCGGUCCACGGUGUAAAAAAGGUUGGGGACCACCGUUCUAUAGUGUGAGAUGUGAUGAUCUGUAAAUAUGAGUUUCUAUUUCUACUGGUGGGAACAUUCUAUGACUAUGCUAAUGUGUAAAAUAAUAUGGCUAUACAGUAUUGCAUAAAAUUACAGAAUGUACAGUGCAAAUCACAAUUAUUUAAAUGAGGGGGGAAAAGAUUGAUUCUAAAGUAUAUAUUUUGAGUGCUGUUGAAAAACUGUUUUAUGUGUAUUGAUCCACGUUGGCUGGUGUGUUAAUUUCUUAGUUCACUGGUUCUCAGUGUACUACAGGCACCAUCUAGUUGUUGUAUGCGAAAGAAUCAUCAUCAGUUACUUAAAACUUGUUUUUAAAUCCAGUACAGUUCAGUUGUAUUUAACUUUUAAAAACAAUUGCAUUUCAUCUUUUAAACAAAUGUUUUCAUUUAGAUUUUUUUUAAAUUUUAUUUUAUUUUUUUUAACUAUUUUGUGCAUACAUUGGUACAGUUAUUUUCCAAUAUUUAAGCACAGUGUCAACAUUCAAAAUGUAUAAUGUGGCUAACAAUAAUAUUAAACAUACUUUUCACAUCCACUGUCGGAGCCCGCAAAUAAACCUCCCACAAUUGCCCUAUGGCAGCCCGUAUCAGGUUGAUUCAGAAGUCGAGCGGUAAACUCUGAUCGUCAUUACAUUAAAAGCUUUUGUGCUGUCUGGCGAGCUGUUGUCGACGAUAACAUUCUCUGACAGGUCGCUUUGAAAAGAAGCUUUAGACAUCUCAACUGGAAAAAAUGGCUUUAUAUCCCUGACGUCUGUGUGUGUGUGUGUGUGUGCUCGCGUGCAUCCAUGUUAGAGGAUACAUUCAUAAUCAAAGCUUUGAGAUGAUACAAAUGUUAGUGAGAGGUAAUUGAUCCCUAAAGGGCUUCAUUGUAGCACUGAGUGUGUACGUAGGCAUUCUCACGUCUGUGUAUACGUUUGUGUGUGCCAGGUGAGAUGGCGAUGUGCCAGGUUCAAUAAAAAGCCUUAUUGUUCAGAGGAGAACUCACGCACGCCGACCACAAUUGUUAAUUGGCCAUUUUCCCGUUGGCAUUGUGUCCGUCCGUCUUUACCAGCAGCUCCUAAUUCAUCUGUCAUAAAACCGCCAAGAACCCCCCCCCCCCCCCCCCUUCCCCCCCAUACGGCAGUUGUAUUUUAAAGCUAACAAACCGAAGCAGAAGCACAUAUUGUAAGAUGGCUAUGCCAAUUACAAAGCGAAAGUUGAUCAAGUUUGAAGUUGUUGUAUUGUCUUUAUAAGCUUUUUGUCCACACAUUCAGGGCGCCGCUUCCUCAAGUGUAAGCGGCUUAGCUCCGCCCUCGAUCAUCAUGGUAAGCGGUAGUCAGAGUUGACCCCGCAGUAAGAGGGAGCAGUGGCUCUUUUUCAUGACAGGACCGCCCCCUGAAAACAGGCUUGGAAAAGAAGUUGAAAAGGAUCCUGGGAAUUGUUUUUAAAUUGUGAAGAAAUUGCAUGUAGUGGUACAUUGAGACGAGUUUCAUUCAUUCUGUGACCCCAAAUGUUUUGUGUAUUCUGAUGAGGAAAAAUAGCACUCUGAUAUUGUUUUUUUUUUUUUUUAAACUAAUGACGUAAUUAAAGUAUAAUGUGAAGAAUGAAGCCGUUUUGCUCAUUACACUGCCCCACCUGGGGGCAGUCUAAUUCAGACAUACGGAUACUGAAUACAUGUUGACGGGAGACGUCACAACUCCUCAGCAGUAAUGUUAGUCGUUUUUUGCAGAGGAUAAAGAAUAUAGGUCUUUGAGUAUUGUCCUGUUUUCUUUAGAUGUGUUGCUCGACUGUGUUCAAGUAUCUUUGUUGUGAAGUAAGUUGAAUUCACUGCCACGGCGCAGCGCUCGUGUCUUAAAUUUGAGCUCUCAAGUCAAAGCAAAAAAAUAUAUAUAUAUAAAAAUUGGCCAAAUUGCAGCUCAAAUCUACAGUAGUAUUUCUCCUAAUUGUUGCCCGGAAGCAGACGUAAAUACUCUUAACUUUUCAGAAAUUACAGCCAUGAGGGUCUUGCGGACCUCCUUUUUGUUUUCAGUGAGUUUAAAAAAAAAAAAAAAGAUUCUCUAUUGGGUUGAGGUCAGGUCACUGUUCUUUCCGUAGAAGACGUUGGAAAGACUUGCUUCCAUCUACUGCACAAAUUUCGGCUUUAGACCUACACACAGAGAAGUCAUCCACUGUGUAGCAUGUGUGUGCGUGCGCAUGCAUGUGUGCGUGCGAGCGCGAGCAACAGAGCUCCAUAGAGUGACAGCGGCCCUCCUGUGUGUUAGAAACAUUGCACAAAUGGUUGCUGUCAAUCAUUCCCCACAUCUCCCUAACACACACACCUCUAUAAGAUGUAUUACAAAGAGCUUGGAACACAUAAGGUACCAUCCAUCCAUUUUCUGAGCCGCUUCUCCUCGCUAGGGUCGUGGCAGUGCUGGAGCCUAUCCCAGCUAUCAUCGGGCAGGAGGCGGGGUACACCCUGAACCGGUUACCAGCCAAUCGCAGGGCACACAUAAACAAACAACCAAACACACUCACAUUCACACCUACGGACAAUUUAGAGACUUCAAUCAACCUACCAUGCAUGUUUUUGGGAUGUGGGAGGAAACCGGAGUGCAAGGAGAAAACCCACGCAGGCACGGGGAACACAUGCAAACUCCACACAGGCGGGGCCGGGGAUUGAACCCCGGUCCUCAGAACUGUGAGGCAGCCUUGCUGCCCAUAAGGUUCUAAUUGAACAAAAUGUUUAUUAUUGUGACCAGUGAGAACCACAAAACGGGUGUGAGAGGCUUACCCAGUAUUUCAAUCCAAGCUGUUUUCAAAGAUAAUGAUCAGUAUUUUACAGUAUCAUAUUAUUGCGAUAUUGUGAUUGUAUAAAGGCAGUUUUCAGCUGUGACUUUUGUAUCAUGAAGUGUAACGUGAAGAAAGUGCAAGCAGCGUUUUUGAGCUUGGUAUUUACUCAUCUGCUUGUAAACGUCCCAAAGCACUCUGAAUACAGCGGGAACCUUUUGUCAUGCUCGGAAUUUUAAUUCAUCACAACAGGGAGGGCUCAACUGAUAUCAUGACAUUCAUCUUUAAUUAAGUCUCUUUCUCCAAAUGCAUUAGAAUGACAAUGCAGCUCAGCACAUUUUUUGGGGGGGACAAUUAAGACAUUAAAUCCUUCCUUUUUGUUUAGAUGAAUGCGUUCACCGGCUGUGUGCAUUUUGACGCCUUUUUAUUGUGUUUUUAUUCUCUUAUCUCGCGCUCUGACAAUUCUUGCAUUUCCUUGUGUCCCCUGUGCUUUUUUUUUUUUUUUUUUUUUGGUCCCAUCCUGAUUGCCACAAACACAUCUGUCGCUGCAAACGUCGUUACCAUAACAACUGUUAUUGUGACAGGCAAGUGCAUCUUGUGUGGAGAGUCAAUUCCCUGGAAAGGCAGAGACACACACGCACACACACCUACAGACGCACACACCUUCCAUGAAAUUACCACAUGCAUAUAAAUGUUUCACUGACACUGUAGGUCAACUGAAUAUUGCAUUACAUUCAAACAUAAAAUAGUGCUAAGUUACUCAUUUCCAUGCCUCCCCCCCACACACACAUUCAAUGAUGGUAGUACACCACCAAGUGUGUCAAGAGAAGGGUCUCUAACUCUGCCACAGAGACCAUCUGCUCCGAAGACAGCUAAUUAGGAAAAUAUAUCGUCUUUAUAUCUUCUUCUAAGUUUUAUCUGGCAGGAAAAUAAUGCAUAAUUAUGACUUUCAGAGUCAAAUCACUCACUUGAAGACAGAACUUUGUUCAAGUGAAGUUGACAUUUUUAGGUAGGAAAGUAGAACUUGAUUGUUGAGCUGCUAUGUAAUAUCUCAAUAAAGUUGAGCAAAUAAUGAA